AUGCUGCUAUUGGAGGUGAUCUGCAGCCUGAUUGGCUGGCUUGCUCUCUACCUGGUGUUCUGCAGUACCUUUGUCCAGCGGGGGGCAGAGUGGAACUGUCGACUGGUGACGUUGUCUCAUGGGGUCUUCAUAGUGUUGCUGACCGCGUAUGUCAUCUUCAUAGAUGGGCCAUGGCCUUUCACACAUGCAGGUACAGACAACACUAAACUCCAGACCCUUGCCCUGGCCAUCUGUCUGGGCUACUUCAUCUUUGACAUGGGCUGGUGCUUAUUCUUCUGGUCUGAGGGCCCUGUCAUGCUUGCCCACCACACUGCUAGCAUCAUGGGAAUCCUGCUGGCACUGGUCAUGGGGAGGUCAGGCUGUGAAACCUGUGCUGUCAUUUUUGGUAGCGAACUCACCAACCCCCUGCUGCAGACCCGCUGGUUCCUCCGCCAAUUGGGCCGAUAUGACAGCCUGCUGGGUGAUGCAGUGGACCUGCUCUUCAUAUUACUGUUCGCCACUGUACGCGUGGGAGUGGGCUCUGUGCUGUUUUACUGUGAGCUCACUUCCCCAAGGGCCCCGCUAAUGAUCAAGGUCGGUGGCGUGGGGAUGUACGUGCUAGCCUGGGUGUUCAUGGUGGACAUAGCCAGAUUUGCUCAUAGGAAAAGCUGCACCAAAUAUAAAAGGUGGCUAGACAACCACAAACUACAAGAUGCAACUGGACAAAAACUAGACGGUCAUUUGGGGAAGAAUAACUGA